AUGGUCGAACUGACGUACUCAACGGAAUCCCAAGAGAAACGACUCAAAGUGGAGUUGAAUUUUGAGAUCAUCGGAUGCAAGGCAGCCUUUAACGAUCACCGGGACGAGGUGGGAGGCAGUACGGUGGUAGCCGAGGGUGUAGUAGGCGGCAUAAAGGGCCCAGGCGGCGGGUGCCGCGCAUCCUCGAUGACGAUGGCCGAGAGCGCCGUGGAGGACGCUGCAGCCGCGCCCCCGGGUCCGGCCAAGCCGCCACCGCCCUCCUGUACCAACAACAACACCCUGGCGGCGACCGCGAACCGGAACCAUCGGAACCUCCGCAGACGGAAGCGACUCGACCAGGUGCUAGACAUCCUCCAACAUCGGAGCUCCCCUUCCGAGGGCGAGGUGUUGAGGUUCGAGGGCAGCGGACCAGCCAGCGAAGAAGAAGAAGACGUGUUCAGUUCGCCAAGGUCGUCCUCGAGAUCCGCCACGGAUCCUCCGUCAGGUAUCAGCCUGUUACCUCUAAGGCUGAAGAGCGAGGAGCCCGUGACACCCACCGAAGAGGAAGCAAACGCUACCACGAAUACGAACGAGCCGAACAACACCGAGCAACAACAACAGAACCAUCAUCCCCAUCAUCCGCACCAUCCUCACUCGCAUCAUCAUCAUCGUCACCGGCACAGGCACCAUCACAGAAACAACGCGAAUCACCUGUACGACCAGCUUCAUCCGUCUCAUCAGAGAUCCUCCGCGCCCAAAUACGCAGGAUGCACCUGCGUUCAGUGUACUCAAUCGACCACACCGCCAAUGGUACUACCCUCGCCGACCUCGCCUCUAACUCCACUCACUCCGCUCACACCGCUAACUCCUCUCACACUACCGCCAUUGACACCUGGUUCCCUGUCGUCGUACAGUUUCGAGCAUUACAUGCACACCAAGUACCUGCCGGAUAUAUUCAGAGGACGCAGUCACUCGGAUUCAGACCUGGUGCCUGGAUGGGACCAGAAACCGCCGCUCUUCACUUCCUCCGUGUUCGUGAACCAUCCGUUGAGAAGCGGCUCCCUGGAGAGCGAUACAACCAGCCCUCAAGAGUCACCGUUAGAUCUGUCGAUGAAGAACCUAAUGGCGUCGGCUGCUGCUGCGGCCGCCGCGGCUGCAGUAUCCGGUAGACCGCCAGCACUUCAACUGCUCCCGCCAGGAAUCGUGUCGAGGGGUUCGGUGAGCGUACCGGUGGUAAAAGGCGACGUGGCCUCGCCGACGACCAAGGAAAGCGUCGCGGUGAGGUACAACCUGGAGGUGUCGCCGGUGGUUGAGGAAAUGCCACCGGGCGCGGACGUAGCUUACGUUUGUCCGGUUUGCGGUCAAAUGUUCAGCCUGCACGAUCGCCUCGCCAAGCAUAUGGCAUCGAGGCAUCGCAGGCAGGGUCCGCAGGACGCGUCCGCGAAAGCUUAUCUCUGCGACGUGUGCAAGAGGAGUUUCGCCAGGUCGGAUAUGCUCACGAGACACAUGAGGUUGCACACCGGUGUAAAACCGUACACGUGCAAGGUUUGCGGCCAGGUAUUCAGCAGGUCCGACCACCUGAGCACCCAUCAGAGAACCCACACAGGCGAGAAGCCGUACAAGUGUCCUCAGUGCGCAUACGCAGCCUGCCGCAGAGACAUGAUCACCAGGCAUCUGAGGACCCACGCCAGAUUCCCGGACGUGCAGACGCCCAAGAGCGAGCCUGGCCUCCUUGCCGGCGAGGACAGCCCGACGUUCCCGCAGGAGAUGGCCUCCCCUUCGGCUACGAUCAAGGCCGAAUGACGACGGCCAGGUGGAUGACCGCCGCGUUUCUCAGCCGCGGUUUCGAGUGGAUUUCGAGGAGUCGCGACC